GAGAAUUAUAUCCAGAGCAGGUGCUAUCCAAUUUUUUAUAUUUUUGAAUCGUUGUUGGGUGCCAGCAACUGUGAUGGUAGCUGGUUGUAAUCAAAAACAAGCCAAACAUUUUCUAACUGCAAGUAAUGGUGAUAUGGCUAAUGCAGUUGAAUUAUUUCUUCGGAAAACAAUGCGGUCUGAUGAAGUUCCGUCCACAUCAUAUGCUAGACUCGGAAAUUCUCGUCCAUUUAUUGCUUCUAAUAGUUCCAAUUCUGGUGCUUUUCCAUUAUUAACUAAUCGACGUGAACCGUGUCAUAAUUUGCUUGCCGGUUUAGUGGAAUGGAGUUCUUCAACUGUGGGCAGUCGCUUUGUUGAGGAUCCCAAGAAACUAAUUAGUGAAGAUCGUGUAAAUCAUGGUUUACCGUUGACGAGGAUCGGUAAUGAUCUUUUUCACUUGGCAGUAAAAAUGGAAGCGCAACGAAGAGGAUCUUGGCUUUUUGUCAAUAUGCAAGACACUCAAGAAUUUGAAUCACAGAUUCUUAACAGAGAUAUUUGGUCAAAUACUGGAGUUAAAGAAAUCAUGAAAACAUUCGUUUUUUGGCAAGUAAGACUUGUAUUUCAUUUGUACAGUUAUUGCUAAAU